GGACUUAUAGAUGCGAUCCUCGACAUUCCCGAGACGGCAACAAGCGCUCAGAUCCGCGAUGCAUACAAACGCGCCGCGCUAAAGACACAUCCUGACCGGGUGCCCGUCGACUCGCCCGAGCGGGUCGCGCGCACCCGCAAGUUCCAGCUCGUCAACGACGCCUACUUCACGCUGUCGGACCCCGCGCGGCGGCGCGAGUACGACGCCCAACGCAAGCUGUUUGGGGGUGGUAGAAGUGCUGGCGCUGGUUUUGGCGCGUCGUCGCCGAACAUGCCCGGCGGCUUCGACACGGACGCCGACGACACCGACAACGCCACCAAUGACACCGCAGGCGGGGCAUACUCGUGGGCAUGGAACUUCUUCACGGGCCAAAACACCAACGCCAACACUAAUGCCGCCGGGACAGGAGCAGGGAACAACCGCGAGCAGCAGCGGGCGCAGACCGAGGACGCGCAGUUCGCCGACGUGUUCGAGGAGAUGCUGCGCGAGGAGGGCCUGGCGGAGCCCGCCACGGGGCGGCCGACGGGCAAGUUCUGGGCGCUGCUGGGCGGGCUCAGCGGCGGCGCGCUGGGGUUCAUCGUUGCCAACGUGCCAGGCCUCUUGGCGGGCGCCGUCGCCGGCAACCGCCUCGGCGCCGUGCGCGACGCCAAGGGCAAGAGCGUCUAUGCAGUCUUCCAGGAUCUCCCGCAAGACGACCGCGCCAAGCUGCUCAGCCAGCUGGCCGCGAGGGUGUUUAGCCACGCCGUCGGCAUCUAA